CCGGCGCUCCCCUCCCUCUCUGCUGUGUACGAUCGCCGACGUUGCUCUGUUGCUCUCUACUUUCUGCAGUUGUUGAUCUGCAGCCCUCACCGAACUUGCUCUCUGCCUUCUGCUAAUGCACUCUCGCCGGAGCUGCUCUCUGCUCUCACCGAACCGAAGCUGCUAUCUGCCUUCUGCUGAUCUGCUUUCUGCUCUCUGCCUUCUGCUGAUUUGCUUUCACCGGAGCUGCUCUGCUUUAUGCUGAUCUACUCUCACCGGAGCUGCUCUCUGCUUCAUCGACCUUGCUUUCUGUUGUUCUGCUCCACCGGCACUUGUCUCUGCUCUCACCGGCACUUGUCUCUGCUCUCACCAGCGCUUGUCUCUGCUCUCACCGACGCCGGUCACCUUCCGUGUGCCUCCUGUUCUGCAAUUGGCCUUAACUGCUUCUUCACAGCUCACGCUUCACAUUCACAGCUUCUCCCACCCGAGCACAGUAAAAUGUCAUCAUUCGGACAAAAUUCAGCUUCAGCAGCAACUCCUACAUCCUCACAAUUGCAAUCCUUAAGGCAAAAAGUUGAUGCCACAUGGGAGCAUUGUGCAGAAGUUAUGGAUGGUGCAAGAAAAGUAAUAAAAUGUUUGUAUUGCCAAAAAACAUUUAGAGGAGGGGGAAUACAUAGAGUAAAACAACACCUUGCAGGAAAAGGUGGAGACGUAAGAAAGUGUGAUAAAGUGCCGUUUGAUAUUCGUUAUCGGAUGCAAGAGAGUUUCAAGGAAUAUGAAGAAAAUAAAAGGCAAAUACAAAACCAAUGGGAAGACAAUCCAUUCGGGUCUAGUGCCAUGGAUCCUGAGGGAAAUGCACCGGACUUGCAAGAGAUUCCAUCUUCAGCAGCACAACAAUCACAAUUCAAAGGAAAGGGGUUAGCAACUUCAACGGAAGUGGGCAAAAAAAGGAAGGCAAAUGCAAGUGGGAUUCAAAACUACUUUGCUCCAAGAACAGCUCCUGGAUCUCAACCAUCUAUUAAAAGUGCAAUGGCAGGUAAAGAUGCUGUCCACAAGGCUGAUAUGGCUGUUGCUAGAUUUUUUUUUGAUAGUUGUUUGCCCAUAAAUGCUAUAAAUUCCCCUUAUUUUCGACCUAUGCUUGAUGCAAUUGCUGCAAUUGGUCCUGGUUACAAAGGACCAAGUUAUCAUAUGAUGAGAUCCACUUUGUUGUGUGAUUUGAAAAAGGAAGUUCAAUUAUUGGUUAAUUCUUAUAGAAGUGUAUGGGCAGAAACCGGUUGCACUAUUAUGGGUGAUGGUUGGCAAGAUCAAAGCAAUAGGCAGUUAAUUAAUUUUCUUGUCUAUUGUCCUAGAGGAAUUACUUUUGUGAAAUCAGUUGAUGCCUCUGAUGUGGUUAAAGAUGCUUCUAUGCUUUGCAAUUUGUUCAAAGAAUUGGUUGAGUUUGUGGGUGCUAGUAAUGUUGUGCAUUUGGUUACUGAUAAUGCAGCUAAUUAUAAAAAGGCUGGAAAAUUGUUAAAUGACCUAUAUCCUACAAUAUUUUGGUCUCCUUGUGCUGCACAUUGCUUAAACUUGAUAUUGAGUGAUAUUGGCAAGUUGAAUGUUGUUAGUGGUCUUGCAACUAGUGGAUCUUUGGUGACCAAAUUUGUAUACAAUCAUCCUUUCUUGUUAGCUUGGUUAAGAAAAAGAGAAGGAUGGACAGAAAUCAUACGUCCAGGGCCAACACGUUUUGCAACAACAUUCAUUGCAUUGAAAAGUCUUCAUGAUCAUAAGCAUGAUUUACAAGCAUUGGUUACUAGUUUGGAGUUUAGAGAGUCUAGAUAUUAUAAAGAUCAAAAGGCAAAGGAUGUUGUGGCUGUUGUUUUAGACAAGAAAUUUUGGAAUAAUUGUGAGCUAGUUGUGAAAAUCGUGGGACCACUUAUUCGCUUGCUUAGAAUUGUGGAUGGUGAUGAGAGACCUUCACUUGGUUAUGUCUAUGAUGGCAUGUAUAGGGCAAGAAAAGCGAUUAAAACAAUUUUGAUGAAUAGAAAGUCUUUGUACAAGCCUUAUACAAGAAUUAUUAAGGAAAGAUGGGAUAGACAACUUCGACAAAAUCUUCAUGCUGCUGCUUAUUAUUUGAAUCCGGCUUUCUUUUAUAAUAAAGAAAAUUUCUCAACCAAAAAAGAAAUCAUGAAAGGUUUUAUGGAUGUUGUGGAUGCAAAAGUACCGUCUCGGAAGUCAAAAUUCUUGAGUGAGUGUGAGUUGUAUGACCAAAAAAUGGAAAGUUUUGCUCGUGAAAGUGCUCUUGAUUCUUCAAAAAGCAUGAAACCCGAUGAAUGGUGGAAAUAUUUUGGUUAUAGUGCUCCAAAUUUAAAGAAAUUGGCUAUUCAAAUCUUGAGUCAAACAUCGUCUUCUUCGGGUUGUGAAAGAAAUUGGAAUGUUUUUGAAAGAAUUCACACAAAAAAAAGGAAUAGAUUGGAGCAUCAAAGGUUAAAUGAUCUUGUCUAUGUGCAUUACAAUUUGCGUUUAAAACAUAGGAAGGAUAAUAAAAAGAGGACUUGCUUUGAUCCUAUUGAUUAUGAAAGUAUAGACAAUGUUGAGGAGUGGAUUAUGGAAGAAGAUGAUUCUCCAAUUAUUGAUUAUGAAGAGUUGGAGAAUAUGAUUUAUAGUGAUCAAGCAUUACCAAUAUGUGGUAGAAAAGGUGGCACACAUAACAUUGAAGAAGUUCAAGGUGGUGAAGGAGAAUCAUUACAUGUUGAAGGUGCAAGUGGAGGAAUUGAUUUGGAGUCGAUUGGUGAAGAAAAUGAUGAAAAUUAUGAUGUUGAAAAUGAUUUCUGUGAACAUGAUGCAUGGAUUGAGUCGAUCUCUCCUCUGUUCUCCAGCUCCAACGUCCAGCCGCUGUUCUCUCCUCAAGCUUCUUCAUUAAACCCUGCAAUUUUAGAUCGUGCCUCUACUCUGUUCUCCAGCAUCCAGUGGUCCUUGAGGCUUGAGCUCGACUCCUCGCAGGUGGUCCAACCACUCCAGCCGUUGCUGGCAAUCCAGCUCCAGCCAUUACUCUCUCUUCCUCCACUCUCCAGUAGCCUAGCUCCAUCUCAAGAUAUCAUUAUGAAUACUAGUGGUUCAUGGACUGCUACUUGUGAUUCUAUUGGAUCUGUCCUUUCUAAAACAGAUGAUCCUGCUUGGGCGCAUUGUUUGAUUGUCCCAAGCAAGAGGAAUCAAACAAAAUGUCUAUAUUGUGAUAAGCUUAUACAAGGGGGUGGAAUUACUUGAUUGAAAGAGCACCUUGCCGGAAUUAAAGGCAAUGUUGGUGCAUGCAAAAAAGUUUCAGCAAAUAUAAAAUGGCAAAUGCAACAGUUGUUAAGUGAGAUAAUGAAAAGGAAAGAAAAGAGAAGGAGACUUAGAGAUAUGGUUGGGAGUCAAUGUGGGUCACAGACAUUUGUUGAAGAAGAUGAUGAAAUUGAAGAGUUCCCUUAAUCUCAAUCACAUGUAGCACAAGAAAAAAGGAAUGUUAAU